UUCGCACCUCUUCCCACCUCUCCCCCCCGCCUCAUUGCUGAUUUGUUUCUACAACAACAACAACAAGAAUGGCGGAUCACAGGGUUGCUGUUGUGCUCCAGACGCUACUGACCAUGAUUAAUAUGUUAGUGCUACAACUACGGUGCUUCUACGACAACCACAAGCAACUAGUGGACAUGAAGAACCACAUACACGACAUGUGGCUAAAUCCACCGCGGAGAACAACCAGAAGGGCGACCAGGAGAAAGUUUUGGGUAAGACCGGGCAGAACUAGCAGUUGGUGGGACAAUUUUGUCAAUGGCGUUGUCGUGGACGAUGAAUGGAGGGAGAACUUCCGCAUGUCCAAAGCCUCUGUCGUUGCCCUGACUGAAGAACUGCGCCCAUAUAUCGAGAAGAAAACUACAAACAUGAGGGCGCCAAUUGAUCCACUGAAAAGGGUUGCUGCGGUUCUUUAUUACCUGAGCGACGAGGGAAGGCUACGGAAGACUGCUAACGCCUUCGGAGUUUCCCGUCCGUCUUUGUCCCUCAUUAUUAGGGAGACAUGCAGAGCGAUCACCAUCCACCUGGGUCCAAAAUACAUCAAGCUGCCUUUUACUGAGCCCGAGACCGCGGAUCUGGUUGAGGGGUUCCAUUGUACACAUGGCAUGCCACAAUGUUUAGGAGCAGUGGACGGAACCCACAUCGAAAUCAAGCAGCCAUCUAACGACUCCACUAGCUACAUCAACAGGAAAGGAAAAUAUUCCUUUAAUGUACAGGCUGUCUGUGAUUACAGGUACCGAUUCAUGGAUGUCGUGGUAAAGUGGCCUGGGAGUGUGCAUGAUGCACGGGUCUUUGCUAAUUCCAAGCUAAACAUGUACUUAAAAACUGGAAAGAUCCCUGCUCUGAAAAAACAGAUUGUGGACGAAGAGGAGGCCAUACCAUCUCCUUCAGCGACAGGCUGCUGUACAAUAUUCAUAUACCUGGCUAGGUAUAUGUACCUGGCUGCUAAAUCUGAGGACUGUUACAGGAUUUUUUGUAUUAUAUCCUAACUGUUUUUAGUACUUUUUAAUGCAUGUCACAUGUGUGAAACUAAGCAAAUAACUAUGUGAUUCUCCAAUGUCAAAAGUGUGAAACUAAAAAUAAAAUUGGCUGCAACCACUUCCAGACUUUCUUUGAACUUAAUGUGCAACAAAUGUCAUCAUCCUCAUGAAUGAAGUUAUAUGGCCCAUUCUACCGAGUCAGGUUGUCCAUAUAUAUUUUGUACCGUAUUUAUUUACACAUAUAGUAA